AUGUCGAGGAGCGACCAUGAAGACGACUAUAUCGAUGAGGUGCAGCAUCACGAAGGCUUUGUUCUUGACCAAAGCAUCAGUGCACUGGAAAUCCCUGACCGUGAAAUAACCUACCGCCGUGCUAAUGUGGAGACGCAGUUCAUGACGUCGCGCUUUGACUCACAGAUGGAGAAUGAUUGGGCACCACCACCUCCGGAAAAAGUGAUGUUCACUAAUACUGUAGCCACGCUGCAAUACCUGGAAGAUGGCUCUUCAACUGUGAUAGGGCUUGACCCCACUCUGGACGGUUCUGAAGGCGUUGACAUUGAUGCUGACAUCAGAGAGAGGUCCGAACUCUUAAAACCCAUAGGAGAGGUGCCGGAUGCACAAGAGGUGGGCUAUCACCUAGUGAACCCUAUGUUCGAGUCGCACGAACCUCCCUUGGUCGUUCUUCGUAGCCUUUACACAGCUAUGAGCACACAAGACAUCGAGUUCUCGUCUGAUCACGAUUGGACGAUACACGCUUAUGCGCUGAUCGCAGCGGAAGAGAUUUUCUUCAGUGUGCAGCUGCACCGCUUGGCAAGAUUGAAGCCGACCAUUCGCGUGGACUUUAAUUUGCGCUCGGGUGACGAGCUCAAAUUCCUCGGGAUGACCGACUCCAUUCGCAAGCACUGUAGAGCUGUCGACAAGGACAUGAUCGGACUACCUGAUCUCAGCUUUGAUAUCAUGGAGGAUUGGUCAACCCCAGGCGAGAUUCUCCCAGGAUCUCUAUCAGUGGACUCGCAAGAGCUAUCGAUGCUGCUUCAAGAGAUAAACUCGGUAUCUCCGCCCAUCACACGCCACGAGGUGGCCAAACGGUUGAAAGAGCUCUGUCAGUAUGACUUCAACCGCCGCGCUUUUCUUGACCUUUUCAAGGAACAGUUCGUCACCGGUAUACAAUCGAUGCUUCAAGAUGACAGCGAAGAUGUUGUGCGAUAUGCCAUCUACAUUAUCCUGAACUUUGCUGAUGACAUCUCGACCCUGAAUGGUUUGGAGUUGCCUCGGUUGCCUGAAACUCUUCGUAAUAUCUUGACGCUGUCACAGAAAAAGUCGACGAAAAAGGUCGCUGGUGAUCUUUACAAGGCCAUGAACACUGUAUGUUAG